AUGUCAUCAUUGAAGAAGACUAAUUUAGAUUCAGUAACUGAUUUACGUCAAACUACUGAUGACAAUUUACCAGCUGCAUUAACAGAAUUAGGAUAUGAUCAAUCAUUUAAAUUAAUAGAUACUAAAUUAGCAUUAGGACUGGUAACUGUGGUAAUAGCAGGACUUUUAUUUCUUGUAGAUAAAAAAUAUGAAUUUAAUGAAUCUUAUAAUAUUACAGUUAUAUCAAUUUUAUUAUAUGCUAUUUUUAGUGGAAUAUUAUUAUAUUUAAACAGAGUAUAUAAGGAUGUUAAAUAUAUUGGAUAUAAUUCAAAGGGAGAAAAAAUCACAAUUGCUGGUUGGACAAAAAAGUUUGAUCCAAUUUAUUAUACAAAGAUUACUUUAAAUGAUAAAACAACCAUUGAAUCACAAUUGGAAUUCAAAAAGUUUUUCGAUACACUUGGAUAUUUCAAUAGAGAAGCCUUUGUUACUGUAUUAAAGGGACAAAUUACUAAAAAGUCACAAUAA